AUGAUUUUGGGAACAGAAGUUAAUGAGUUUGUUUUAAAUAGAUAAUAAUCGAAAAUUCAUUACCUCUAAGAAGAAAAUAAAUAAUUAUAAGAAUAUAUAGUUGACCUUGAAAAUGUUAUAAAACUAAAUAAAUAAGCGAUGGGUCUUACAAUGGAAGGAAUGAAUAAAAGAGGUCAAGUAAAAAUGAUUUUGAAUAAUUUAGUUAACAUCUGAUUCUAGUACAAUGUCAAUGUGUUAUACUAAUUAUUAGAAUUCUUAAAUAGAAAGUGUGAUGAAAUUAUUGAAUGAAGAAAAUGAAAAAUUAAUGAAAGGAUUUACAAAUCAAUAGAGAAUAGCAUAAUAAUUAUAAACAAAGUUGUUUCUCUAAGAAUAGAUCUCAGAAGAGCAACAAAACUAUUACAAAGAUUUAAUAGCAGAUUUAGAAUAUAAAUUAAUAGAGUUAAAAAGAAAUAUUCAUGAUAAGGAAUUUGCAAUCUAAGAAUUAGAAAGAAUGAAACCUAUAUAAGAGAGAGAAGGAUAAUUAGUAAAAUUAGUAGAAAUUGUAACUCCAUCAGAAUAGAAUCUAAAAUUACAUGAAGAACUUGAAAAUGUUAGAAGUUUACUUACUAAAAUUACAACUGAAGCUUAAUAAAUAACAGAAACUAAUAAUACAUUAAGAGAAGUUAAUUAUGUAUACUUCUAUAUUUAAUUAAAAUAGCAUUUGAAGAGAGAAAUCUUUAAAAUGAGAAUUGUUUUACGAAGUUAAACUAAUUAUUAAUGUAUGAAAGGUAAAUAAAUCUAUUAAUAUUUAUAUUAGAUUUUGUAUUUAAUGAAUUCAUAGAUAAAACUGAUGAUAAUUUAGAACUUAAUAGAGAAGUCUAAAAUCAUAGAGGCAAAUUAGAAUCUUUACAUUAAGAAUUAUACGGAACUUAUGGUUUAGGAUAUGGAUUCUCUCCAGAACCAUAAUAACUUAAAUAUUUAAGCAAAAAUGAAAGAAUGAUUUAUUAAGAAAAAUUACAUAAAAUGGAAAUGAUGGUUAAAGGAUUUAAAGAAUUAUUUGAAAAAGAAAAAAACGCUAAUAUUCAUAUUCGAAAAUUAUAUAAUACAUUACUUGAGAAAUAUGAAUCCAUACUUGAUACCAAUGAACUACUUAUUAAAUCUAAUUAAUUAAAAGAUGAAAGAAAUGAAAAAUAGUAAAUUGAAUUACAAUUUUAUAAAAAAUAAAGUCAAAGUUUAAUGGAACAAUUAAGAAAUAGAAAAACAAUAUUUAAUUCUAUUGUUCUUAAUUAAGAAUAAGAUAUUGCUGUCUAAAUCUUUAGUCCGAGGUUUCAAUAAAGACAAUAAUCAAACUCAUUAUAAUCAUCAAAUAUGAAAAAUUAAUAAUCAUAUGAAUUAGAUAAUAAGAAAAUAAUAUCUAAAGAAUUUCAAUCAUUAAAAAACAAUCAAUAAUAAUAAUAAUAAUAAUCAUAAUCAUAAUAAUAAUAAACAGUUUAGAAAUAACAAUAAAAAAAUAUUCUAACUUAAAAACCAAAUUUACCACAAUUAGAAAUAGAUGAUUCAUCUUCAGAAGAAUAGGCAAAAUAUAUUUGUUAAACAGCAAGAGGAGAUAAUCAAUAAUUAAGAAAAUUAAAUUAAUAAUAAUAAUAAGGAUAAAUUCUUUAAUAUUAUGAUAUGACUAAAUAAGAAUGUAUAGAAUUUUUAAUGUCUAUGUUUAAUGAUUAUUUUAAGAAAUUAGAUGUAUAAAUUAUAUUUAUUAUUAUAGUUCAGCAAUAUAAAGAAAUUACAAUUAAUGAAGUAAAUUCAAGAUUAACCAAUAUUUAAAAAGGCUAUAAGAAGAUCUUACAGUAAUCCAUUCUUGUAUUUUUCUAAUACUAAUAAUAUUGCAUUUAAUUAACCACCAAAACAAUCAGUUUUAGCCAUUGUAUUAAUUUAUUAUAUUUAGACUAAAAAUGAAAUUUAAUUACUGUUGGCUGAAAUAUAAAGUAAAAAACAAAAUUAAAAUAAUUAUUAAGAUUAAGGAAAUGAUCUUUUUAGUGUUGACGUGUCUAAGAUUGAUAUUAAAUAAAAUAAAAGAUAGAUCAUCGAUAAUGAACUAAGCUUUAUUUCUAAUUUUGAAUAAUAAGACUGA